AUGCUGAGAAGAGUUGUGAAGGUCAACACCUCGAGAGCAAAAAUUCGGAGAAUACAGAGAAGUAUUACAGUACUGGGAGAAAUCGACGAGCAAGUGAGCCCGGAACUGCGAAGAAAGCCCAUCUCUCAGAAGAGAAAGACAAACGCGAACGAAGAGGAUGGAGAACACACAAGCGAAGCGAUUGUGGAACAAACUUAUCAGAGAAGAAGAAAAGACGGCCUUCUAAGAAUGAGUCUUCGGAAGGAAAAUCGACAACCUUGGAAGAUAGCGCAGUUGCCUCCGCAACUUUUAAAAGAAGGCUAG